AUGACGGGUGAGGUGGUGGAGACUCCGGAUUGGCCUGCUCCAAUUGCAGAAAUUGGAGAUAAGCCUGUAUUUAGACGAAUGUUCCAUUUUGGAACCAUUUUUGCAUUCUCCACAAUAACCAUGAUUGGAGCAGUAACAACAUUUUUUGCUCUUCAGUGGAUGCCUGUUACUUCAUACAUGGGACUUUUCAAUACACUAACAUUUUUAUUGUGGAAUUAUUUAACAAUAGGAAAUCUCUUCAACGCUUCAUUCUUCGGUCCAGGAUAUGUGCCACGUGGCUGGAGACCAGAGAAUGCAGCCGACGAGAAGAAACUUCAAUUUUGUGUUCCGUGCAACGGAUUCAAAGUUCCAAGAUCUCACCAUUGCUCAAAAUGUGAUCGUUGUUGUAUGAAAAUGGAUCAUCAUUGUCCUUGGAUCAACAAUUGUGUCGGUCACCGAAACCAUCAAUAUUUCCUUCGUUUCCUGUUCUUCUCAGUUGUUGGAUGUAUUCACUCGACUAUCAUUGAUGGUUCAGCACUCUAUCACGCAAUCUUUGCUGGAUGGUAUCAGAAAUAUGGCGAUGGAACGGAGCCUAUAAUCCUUCUUACACCAAUUUCCUUCAUUGCUCUCGUAUUUGCAAUCGCAAUGGCCAUUGCUGUUGCUCUGGCUCUCACUUUUCUAUUCAUAACUCAACUACGAUAUGUGAUUCGAAACAGAAAUGGAAUUGAAGACUAUAUUCAUGGAAAGUCUCUGAACAUGCGUAAAGUCCAUGAAGGUGACGAUGAAGAAGAAAUUGAAUGGAUCAAGAGUCUGGGUGAAUGGACGUAUCCAUAUGAUCUUGGUUGGAAGAGAAAUCUUCGUGAAGUUUUUAUUGGAAUUUUUGACGGGAGGACAAGAGGAAAUGGAACAUGGUGGCCAGUUGUGAACGGAUGCACGCAGUUUACGUUUACAAUCGAUCAACUGCUCCAGAAACAAUCGAAGCGUGGUCGUUCGCGUAUAAUCACCAUCAGCGAAGAUUUUGCUGGGACCUGCUGCGCAUCUCGUAAAUUCGGCUGCAAAGUUUGGAUGAAACAACCGAUUAUCGAUGGAAAAUGUCUCAAAGUUUCGGCUGGUGAAACAAUCGUGGCAACACGUGGAAUUGCUGGCUGGGUAUAUGGAUUCCGAGAGUCGGAUCCACGGAACAAAGGAUGGUUCCCGCUUGAGAUUUCUAAUAUGAAAAAGAAAAACGACACGAAACCGGAUGAAACAUCUACUAGUGAAGAUGAGACAUCCCAGGAUACGGCUACUACUGAAGAAGAAGAAAAGAAGAAUCAGUGAUCAAUUUAUUAUUUGUAUUUUUAUGUACUUGUUGAAUAUUCGUGUGUGAUAUUUAUUGCCUUUCACCUCUCAAAAAUCUAAUUGCUCUAGAUUCUGUCAUUCCAUGUUUUUAUGUAGUGUUUUCUGAUAACUACCACCAGACAAUAAAUUAUUUUAUCG